CUCCAAUCUGGACCUUAUCGCCUGGCCUUUUUUUUCUGCUGGCAUUCUCGUCGCGCAACUCCAAGACGUACGGCAGCUAGCUAUUCACCACUCGAAGGUUGUGCGAGACAAGGUUUCGAGUACACAAGUCCUCGACGCUAAGAGAUAUCCCUCCAAUACUAAAACCCGAAUCUCGUCAAAAUGGCCAAGAGCUCCCGUUCCAGCACGCGCAAGGCGAACAACCAGCGCCUCAAGGCCAACGUCUUUGGCCCCGUCGAGUCCGCCCGCGCCGAGCGCCUCUCCGCCAAGCUCCUCGAGAUCGCCGCCCAGCCAAAGCCCACCAAGGACGAUGACAUGAAGGUCGUGGACGAUGUCGACGCCGAGGAGGAUAAUGAUGGCGAGCCCAAGGCCGAAGCUUCAAUGGACGUCGAUGCAACCAAGCCUGCCGCGAGCUCAUCAUCGUCCAAGAAGAACCGUGUCUCAAAACGGAGAAAGACGAGCAAGAUCGUGUUCCCCAAGUACAAGGACAGGCGCACGACUAAGAAGGGCAAGAACUAGACCGCAGGAGAGCUCUUCUCUGUUGCAUUCACGUAGGCAUUGUACGGCGUUCAGGGUCUGUUUUGUCUUUCUUUCUGUCCUCGACGA